GGGAGAGAGAAUGUAAGCAAACCUGAGUGAGUGUUGAGCUCUGUGGCUGGCAAUUAAUAAAGCAGAGAGAAUGAAUGAACCAGAGGUCCAAGGUUUCCAUACAUCUGACCUCAGGAAGUCUACACUGAAGAAAGUGAAUGUUUGGCCAGGCACUGGCAGGAGAAGGAGCAGCUCUAGAGCUUCCUUUUCUUGCCCGCAUGUCUUUCUUUGUUUCUCCUUGUUCUGCUGGAUAGGCAGUCUUCUGGGGCAUCCUCAGUGUCUGGAUUAUGGGCCACCUUUCCAGCCUCCUUCUCGCCUGGAGUUCUGCUCUGCCUAUGAAAACUUUGGCUGCUGUGACCGGGAGAGAGACAAUAGCAUUGCAGCAAAAUACCAUGAGAUCCUGGAUUAUCUUGAUCCUCGGGGGCAUAAGCUGUGUGGAACGUAUAUCAAAGAUAUUCUCUGUCAGGAAUGUUCUCCCUAUGCAGCACAUCUCUAUGACGCUGAAAACCCACGGACGCCUCUCAGAAACCUUCCAGGACUUUGUUUCGACUAUUGCUCCGAGUUUCAUUUCAAUUGCCACUCUGCAAUCAGCUUGCUCACUAGCGAUAAGCACAUUCAAGACUGCUGUGAGACGAAUAAGACUCGCUUCUGCAACCUCCUUCACCUGCACGAUGAGGACUACUGCUUCCCCAAUGUGCUGAGGAACACAGCCCUCAACCACAAGCUGGGCUCAGUGGUGGAGGACCGCCGAGGCUGCCUCCAGCUCUGCCUUACUGAGGUUGCCAAUGGCCUGAGGAACCCGGUCCUUAUGCUGCAUGCCAAUGACCAUACCCACCGUAUGUUUGUAGCUGAGCAGGUGGGGGUCAUCUGGGUCUACCUACCUGAUGGCAGCCGGCUGGAGGAGCCAUUUCUGGAUAUUAAAAGUAUUGUGCUGGCGACGCCAUGGAUAGGGGAUGAGAGAGGCUUUCUGGGGAUGGCUUUCCAUCCUAACUACAAGAACAAUGGGAAAUUUUAUAUCUAUUACUCUUAUAUGGAUAAGAAGAAAGUGGAAAAGAUCAGAAUCAGUGAAUUGAAGGUUUUGGCCUCUGAUGCCAACAAAGCAGAUCCACACUCAGAAAGGAAUCUUUUGGAACUUGAAGAACCAGCUGCAAAUCAUAAUGGUGGGCAACUGCUCUUCGGUGUGGAUGGCUAUCUGUAUCUAUUCAUAGGGGAUGGAGGGAAAGCUGGAGACCCUUUUGGGAGAUUUGGGAAUGCUCAGAACAAGAGUGUUUUGCUGGGGAAAGUCUUGAGGAUUGAUGUGGAUGGAAGAAGUCCUGAUGGCAAGCCUUAUCGCAUCCCUCCCGAUAACCCUUUUGUGUCUGAUCCCAAGGCUCGCCCUGAGGUUUAUGCUUAUGGGGUCAGGAAUAUGUGGCGCUGUGCGGUUGACCGUGGGGAUCCUGUCACGAAAAAGGGAAGAGGGAGGAUAUUCUGUGGGGACGUUGGACAGAACAGGUUUGAAGAAGUCGACAUCAUUGUUAAAGGAGGAAACUAUGGCUGGAGAGCGAAAGAGGGAUUUGAGUGCUAUGACACAAAGCUUUGCCAUAAUUCCUCCUUGGAUGAUGUUCUUCCAAUAUUUGCUUAUGGCCGCAAAGUGGGGAAGUCGGUCACUGGAGGUUAUGUAUACAGAGGAUGUGAAUCACCCAAUUUGAAUGGCCUAUAUAUCUUUGGUGAUUUCAUGAAUGGUCGACUUAUGGCUUUACGGGAAGAUGAGAAGACAAAUAGGUGGAAGAAGCAAGAUAUCUGCAUUGGUAGCACCAAAGCUUGUGCUUUCCCUGCGAUGAUCAGAUCUUAUAGUAAAUUCAUCAUCUCAUUUGCUGAGGAUGAAGCAGGUGAGCUGUAUUUUAUGUCUACUUCUUAUCCCAGUGCUUAUGCGCCACAUGGAUCUCUUUACAAAUUGGUUGAUCCUGCAAGGAGAGCUCCACCAGGGAAAUGUAAAUACAAGCCUGUAACAGUGAAAAUAAAGAGCAAACGAAUAGCAUUUGUUCCACGUGCAAAGACUGUCCUUGAGUUCCUUAAUGAACCUCCACCAACCAAGCCUCCGAAAAGGUCUUCCACCCUCCCUGGAGCUGCCCCAACAGCUGCUGCUAAGAAAUCUAAAAAGAUGGCAUCCUCCAAGGUAAAAGCAUCAACAGUGAAACCAGCUCUGUCCAAUAAAAAGACACCGAAAACCAAGGCUGGUGGUGAGCACCACAGGCCAAAGCAGAAGGGUGCAAGGGUCCCCAGAACAACACCAGCACCAUCUUUGGCAAGAAGGAAGAGCUCCCAACUAACUGGAGCCAAGAAGCUCCUCACAGAGAAAGCUGCACAAGCAAAGGGAACACCGGGAAGGAGGAGGAAGGAGAGCAGAUGAAGCAGUAGCUUUUGAACCUCUCGGCCAUUACACAUUACAUAUAAGGUGGUGGAACAAGUGUUCUCAAUUGAUUUUUUUCCUUCAGUUGCUCUCUGCUCUCAGGUGCUCCUCCCUUUCUGACCCCGUUAGCAGUCUGUACGUGUUCUAUUAAACCUUAACGGCACCAA